AAACUAAUCUACGUAAUGUAUAUUCACAUGCAUAUUGUACACAGACGCCUAUGUCUACACACAGCUCUGUGUACAUUCUGCUGAAAUGGAUAAAAUGAGAAUACCUAUACUUUUUGUUGAGUCAUCGACAGUCAGUACGAUUCAUCUGUUCGUUUCGAUAACGUGUGCUCGUAUUUCAUACAUCCUGUGCCAGUGGUGUUCGUUGUAAUUUUAAAUAAUUAUUUUUUUCAAUUUACUAUCUUUGAAGAACGAAAAUUUCAAGCAGAAAUGGCUCAAGUCAAGUAUUUUUGUCAUCGAUAUUCUUUGAAAUCUGGCUCUUUCUUUAUUUUGAUUCUAAACUUGAUUCUUGGGAUCACUUUUCUUGUCGCUGAAAUUAUAUCGUUAAAAGGAAACUUUACGUUCGCUUCAGUAACAGUAUUAGUAUUUGUACUACUUGGAAUAGUUUCAUGUGUAAUAGGACUUGUGGGAAUUUACAUGAAAAUAGCAAACCUUCUGGCUCCUACUCUUUGCCUGGAAAUCAUCUACGUCAUCGUAUCAGGCGUUGCGUUCAUAAUCUUCCUUUUCUCGGGUAAAUUUUCUGUAUCGGAGCUGCUCGAUGAUUUUGCGAGUCAACAUUAUGGUGUCUUUGUAAUUCUGUUUCUUAUGGGUCUGGGACUUUCUAUCUAUUUUUUGAUCGUAUUGUACAGUUACUAUAUGAAAGAAUUGAAGGAAGGUACCCCUGCAAGAAGAUCUGAUACUGAAUCGUAAAUUCGCCAACUUUCGAUUAAAUAUAAGAAUUUUUGUACGAUUAAUUUAGAUAUUGCUUUGUAUAUAUAUUUUUGUACAAUAUUAGGUAGCUUAGUAAUAUGUUGUGAUUAAAUGUGAUUUUUUAACAAUUUUUUUUGUUUUAUCGUUUGUUAGUUAAACAGGAAAUAGAUAAGCGGGAACAGGAACUAACUAGUGAUGCAAACCAAACUAAAUAAUUUCCGACGAGCGAUGCUAAUUUGCUAAUUUAAUUGUCGAUAAACUUAUUUCAUAAUUGUUUUACUGGAUGAGUUUGAUUUUUUUGGUUGGUAAAAAGGCAGAAUAAAAGAACAUUCAAUGCUGAAUAAGCAGCAUGUUUCUUUCCUUAUUCAUUCGAGCAUAUUUUCAGCCAUAUCAUCAUUUUGAUUUCUCUGUCUCUGUCAUCUGCUGUGCCACACAAAUACAAAUUAUGCUAUUGCUUGAAACACGAAUUAAAUAAGUACACUCGUCUCGUAGGUAUUAUCAAAAUUCUUGUAUAUGUAUUAUACUUUCACAGUAUCACUGAUUUUGUUAAAAUAAUACCUACGUAAGAUAUAAAUAAACGAUUCUUUGAUAAUCAUACCCACAAUUUGAUAACGUUCUCAUUUGUUGAUUUAGUUUUUCACAGAACAGUAAAAGAAACGAAACCAAGUUCGUAUAACAUCUGGCAGAGUGAUUUCAGAAGUUGCUUUUACGUGUUUUUAUUCGUCCAAUAUUCGAGUUGAAGAAAUUUUUUUCAAGUAGUUUUGAGUCACAUUAGGCUGUUUAAAUAAUUGAUUUUUAACCAUAGUAUUUUUUAUUUUUUUAUGCACCUGCAUGAUCGCACUCGUUCGUGAUCAUGUUUGCUUCUUUGCACGAGAUGAUCAUUCUGGAUACGUGUUUUUUCGGAUGUUCUUUGAAAAAGUGUACGUUUGUGUAUUUAAUUGCAUAUUUGAUCGUUUCCACGUACCGUUUUGCUAAAGGAUUACUAAGACUAUCUGAAUUUCCUGCUUGGAUUUCGUUUACACUUCAAUCGAGACACGUUAUUUGGUCAAGUUUUUUGUUUUCAGCAAUUCAUGAAAUUUAUACGACAGAUAAAGUGUCGUAUUUAGCUCCAUGUUUAUGGUGUCAAGCUAUCGAUCUGGCUGAGACGAUAAUCGAUUAUUUUGGAUUCAUUUUCACCAAGAGAGUAAUAAUACCGAGUUUUGGAAAUUCCAACAGAACGUUUGACCAUAAUUACCUUCAGCUUGUCAUCGUUUUUCCUUUUCUCGUUGCUCCUUUUGUGUAUUUAUGGAUAGUAGUUUAUAGUUGUUAUCACAAAGGAUUUUUGCCGGAAGAAACUCCAUUUUCAGAAGACUUGAAACCUGCAAUUACGACAACGAGUAAUUAUAAUAUGAAAAGUCAUUAUCACGUGCCAUAUUCGUUGGCUUAUUGAAAAUAUUAUUUUGUAAUCUAUGUACCUAUCUAAAGUGUAUCGUUUAAUGUUCUUAAUUUGUGUGUUGAAUAUGGAUACCUAAUUCUUACACCUCGUAAAUCACAAAAAAUCAUAGUCAUUUUAUUUUUAUUGGUUUUUUUUUUUUUUGUUUCUUGAGAAAUUUCAUGUUUGUAUAAGUUACGAGGUGUUAGAAUUAAGGGUAGGUGCCGAUCAAUAUAAUAUUAGCAGCUUAUUGUAUUUUGUUCAUUUUUUUUUCAACGAAUGCAACUUUUUAAAGUUUUAUACUCAAUAUUAAUAAAUAAAUGUAUCUACUGAUGAAGGAACCUCUCACGGUGACUCAUUAUCAA